UCUCGCGAACCGCUUUCUUGCUGUUAGGAUGCUAGGACACACGGCCAAUGCCAAGAAGAGCAGCAAGUUCGAGGACGCGGACAGCCGCAUGUCGAGGCCCAGGGCCGUGUCUGAGCUGCCGCAGCGUCCGUCACAGCGUCUGAAGCCGCCGCCGCCGCCGCCGGCGGGCGCGGAGGCAACCGGCGGCACGCCGCGCCGCGCUCUCGGCGUCCGGUGCGCAGCGCCGCGCAGCCCGUUGCACGAGAAGAAGCCCGCCGGUCCCGGCGCGGGGCCACGGGUGGCGGAGCUGGAAGCGAAGCUGGAGAAGGCGCACGGCCAGCUCAUGGGGAUGCGAGACCAGCUCGCGGCGGCCGAGAAGGCCAGGAAGGACGCGCGCGCCGCGCUCGUCGAGGCCAAGAAGCGCCUUGGCGCGAAGAAGAGGGACGACGCGGCAUCUUCGGCGCCGCCGGUCGAGCACGGUGACGACAAGGUGCCGGCGCCGACAGACGACGGUGCGGAGGGCGCCAACGGAGAGAAAGGCUACAUGAGCUCGCCGGUCACAGACGCCUUCGAGGCGGUCGUGCCGAGCGAGUCGAGGAAUAACAACGACGGCCCGGUCGUCAAGGAGGGCAACAAGACUAGUGAUGAGGAGGAAGCGAGGAGCAAUGCCGUUGCCGAUGGUGACGAUGGCAAGAAGGGGAGCCCGGAGGUUGAGUUGCUGAGGGCGAAGCUUAUGGCCAAGGACAUGGAGGUCUACGAGCUGAGGGCGAGGCUGAUGGUGAUAGACACGGAGGUCGACGAUCUGAAGAGGAAGGUGAUGUCCAAGGGCACGGAGCUCGAGGAGAUGAAGGCGAAGCUGAUGCUGAACGAUGAGCUGGUCGACAAGCUCACAGCAAACCUGAUGGUCAAGGACGCGGAGAUCGCCGCCCUCGAGGCCGACAACGCCGACCUCACAAAGGUGGCCGAGGAGGCCGCCGAGGCCGUGAAGGCGGCGUCCGCGCGGGCGCGGGAGACCGAGCACGCGCUGCGGGAGAGCGCGGCGCGGGAGGCCCGGCUCGCUGAGCGGCUGCGCGCGUCGGAGCACGCCCGAGAGGCGCUGGAGGCCGAGGCGCAGCGCUCGCGCGUGCAGAGCGAGCAGUGGCGCAAGGCGGCCGAGGAGGCCGCCGCGGUGCUCGGCGGCGGCGUGGACCGCGUCGCGGGGGCCAGGAACACGGACAAACGGCGCUACGGGUCAGCCUCGGCAGGUGCCUGUGAGAGUGAGGGCACGACGGCCAAGGAAGGCGACGAAGAUGGAACCAGUGGCAAGCGGAAGGCCGGCGGCGCGAUGCGGGCGCUCAGCGACCUGUGGAAGAAGAAGGCGCAGAAGUGAUCGAAAGGCUGGAAUUUACUUGCUCUGCUGUCUGGUGAUCUUGUCCACUAGGGUAACUUCUGGUACCGAUUUACGGCGCAGGUUAAUUCACUAUUUAUGUUAUUAUUGUGGGGUUAUAUAAGAUAAGUUGCUAAACCUAAAAUAAACUCGUGCUGUGUCUUUUGUGUAGUGUGUCACUUGCGUACUGAGAGAUUUGUUUUUGUGAGGAGGAACAGAGAGAUUUGUUUUUGUGUGACAAUGCUUAUUGUCUCAUUGGGUGUUGUAUCUUUGAGUUUCAGUACACGUCAAUCGUCAUGGAUCCCUACGGUAACGAAGAAAA